AUGUUGAAUACAUUUUCGGUGCUUUCACCUCAUCUUAAAUUUAAGUACAAGUUAGUGACGAUCGACAAUCUUGCAUUCAAGUUCCACUACCGGGCAACGUUUAUCAUUCUGCUAGUGUGUACGCUUCUGGUGACCUCCAGGCAGUACAUUGGGGAGCACAUUCGAUGCAUUACCGGAGGUUCCAUACCGGAGCAUGUCAUCAAUACGUUCUGCUUUUUUACCACCACCUUCACCGUUAUUCGCCACUUCAAUGAGACCCUGCUACAGGACGGGAUCCUACCGCAUCCGGGUGUCGGUCCGAUGUACAGCGAGGAUCCGGUGAAACGGCAUGCGUACUAUCAGUGGGUUCCCUUCAUCCUGUUCCUGCAGGCACUUACAUUUUACGGACCACACCUGUUAUGGCGACGAUACGAAGGCGGAAGGUUAAAAAACCUGGUGGACGGGUUGCAUAUGGCGAAGCUCAGCGAACACUACAACGCCCAGGCAAACCUCGCGUUCGGUACGAAGUACACCCUACUGACGCGCGACAACGUCGACGCUAAGCUGAAAACCGUGAAGCGGGAAUUUUUCAAACACAUCCAAAUCCAAGGCCAUUGGGCCAGGCGCUAUAUAGUAUGCGAGGUGUUAAACCUCGUCAACUGCAUAGUGCAGAUCUGCUUCACCAACAUCUUCCUGGGACGCCAGUUUUGGAACCUGGGACCGCAAUUUCUGGCCGAAGACUUCUCCGGCAAGAUGGAUGUGCUCGAUACGGUAUUCCCGAAGGUUACCAAGUGCCUCUUUUACAAGUACGGUCCGACCGGCUCGAUCCAGAAACACGACGCACUGUGCAUUAUGGCGCUGAACGUGAUCAACGAGAAGAUCUUCACGUUUCUCUGGUUCUGGUACGUGGUGCUCUUCACCGUGUCCGUGUUGGCGCUGCUGUGGCGAGUUUUAACGUUAAUAGUUCACAACAGAUGGGUCAAGUUUACCGCCGUGAUCCUUUCGCUAGCAAGCCCGGGCAGGAUGAACCCUCGCGAUGUGGAAAUUAUCACCUACCAGCUGCGCUUUUCCGAGUGGCUCUUCCUCUACUACCUAGCCAAAAACAUGGACUCGCACCUGUUCCACAAGAUCCUACGGGAAAUAGCCGACGAACUGCGGCAUCCAAACGGGUCCGGUUCGCUCGAUGUGCAAGGCAUCGAUACGGUCGACGGUGUAAAAGAUGCCAUCGAAGACGAUGACGACAGCGAUGGGGACGAUGGUAGUGGUAUGGGAGUAAAGUUUCGAUACGAAGGUGAACGCAUGAAGGCACCCUUUCCGGAGAAGGUGGUUUUGGCCAGGUUGUGAAACGUUAUGUGCUGUGGCUAUAUCGCAGCCAUCUUCAACAGGCGCAACUAAUAAGUGUGUCUCGGUUGAUCCGCGGUGCAUGCAAGUAUUAUUAAUUUAUUUCUCGUAUUCAACGUAGGUGCGU